AAAAAAAGAAACAAGGGAAGAAACAAAACCCAGCGGUUCUCCUCUGUUCCUCUCUGCCCUCUCUGGCCGCGACCUCGCAAUCCAAUCCAUUCCGGACGCUCCAAAUUCUCCUAAAAUUUCCCAAAUCCAAAUUUCAUCUCUUCCCAAUCCCUCCUUCCAUACGGCUCAAUCUCCGAAUCAGUUUCUCAUGCUUCUCCAGCGAUUUCACACCGUAAGAAUUGCUCAUGGUGCGUGAGGAAAACCCCAACGUCCUCCAAGAUCCCGGCCGAUCGCGUCUGGCGCUUCGGAACCCCGUGAAAUCUCCGUAGGUUCGUGCUAAAGAUUCGAUUUUGUUCGGGCCCUUUCGAUCCUAUGCAGAUCCGCACGGUCUUCCGGCUGAUUCCGCCGUUCGAGGGGUAGCAAGCUCGUUCUUGCUGUUCGUGGAUUGGUGUCUCCUUCCAUGGGAAUUUUUUGCAGGUGUAGAAGUGGGUAUUCCGUCUGAUUGAUCGGUGGAGAGAAAGCAACUGCUGCGGUUGCUCGAGCAUGGCGGGCGAUGAGGCUGAGGAGGGCAGCCGGAGCAGGAGGCGGGUGGAUCUAAACCUGUACCUCGGCCUCCCUCCGUUGCCGAGGCCUCCUGGCCGGCUCGACGCUGCGCUGGAUUGCCCAGCGUUGAUACCGAACUCGGCCGGUCCUGCGCCGGAUGCCCCAAGAACGGAUGAGCCUGAGGAGUUGCUCACCCCGGCGGUGCUGUACUCGCCAUCUAAUGCGCUCUCCACCCCGGAGGAGCAAUCGAUGCUGGAUCCCAUAGUUUAUGCGUGGCUCGAUGGCCACAGCACCGAUGGUGAAGAUGGCACUGAUGCUGUUGAGCCGGCUGUGGUGCUUGGUGCACCGGUGGACGGUGCCAAUGUCUCGCCACCGGUGGCGGCUGCGGCUACGGCUACAGCCGCUGGGUUGGAAGGGGAUGAUCUUCCACUGUGGGUGGAAAGGUUUGUGCACCCUGGCCGGGUGUCUGGUGGAGUGGAGAUGGUAAGCACGAUGAACAUAGUGAGUCGGUCCAUUCAAGGGGCUGUUGAAAUUGAAGCAAGGACUCCCGAGCUCCGCUUUCAGAGGUUGAUCCAGAUUAGCCAGCAACACGGCAUUGUGAGGUCAGGGUCGGCGAACCGCAGCCAACGGGCUAAUAGUCCUGAAGCGGAUAGGCUGGUUUGGGCCAUCCAACGCUCCCAUAACUCUCUAGACUCGGCAUGGCGGCAAAAGCUGGAUGGCGAUGACAAGGUGGGAGGAAAGAGUGAUGUUAAGAAGGAUGGAUGCUGCGGAUGCAACUCCAGCUUUGAGUGCAAUAUCUGCCUUGACGCAGCUAAAGAGCCCGUGGUUACACCGUGCGGUCACCUCUUCUGCUGGCCAUGCUUGUACCAGUGGCUUCAUGGGCAUUCAGCCCACUCUGAGUGCCCUGUCUGCAAGGGCGAGGUGCUCGAAGUGAAUGUCACUCCGAUCUACGGAAGAGGUGGCGAUGAACGGGAUUCCUCCAUCCUUGAUAUGCCUCCCAGGCCACGUGCAAACAGAAUGGAGAGCUUGAGACAGCAGCUGCAAAUGGCAGACACUAGAGGAAUUGCAACAGUGGUGAGGCAGUUGAUAGAAAACCAGGGUAUAGUGAGAGGCCAAACAAACCCAGCUGUGGGGGUGGAGGUGCCUGUGGUUCCUGCAAGCAGGUCAAGGGCUAGGGCUCGGAGACAGCAAAGGCAAGAUUCCAUUUCUGCGAUAAUGCUUAUGGGCAGACAGCAGCUGCAAAUGGGAGACACUAUAGGAAAUGCAACAGUGGCGAGGCAGUUGAUAGAAAACCAGGGUAUAGUGAGAGGCCAAACAAACCCAGUUGUGGGGGUGGAGGUGCCUGUGGUUCCUGCAAGCAGGUCAAGGGCUAGGGCUCGGAGACAGCAAAGGCAAGAUUCCAUUUCUGCGAUAAUGCUGAAUAUGGGCAAUGUUGCCCCUGAGAGCAGCAAUCAGAUCCCAUUGCCGCCUUCUAAUGCUGACAGUACUGUGCCGGCGGUUCCUGCAACUCCUCAGCAGUCAUCAUCUGUGGAGCAACCGUCCACUUCUAGCACCGCAGGUGUUAUAGUGGGGGAGCCAGGGUCAAGUAGGAGGUCAAGGCCUUCCGAAUCCCCAACCACAAGAAGAACAAGGAGGAGGCAGCAGGGGGUACCAUAAGUGCUGCCAUUCUCUCCAAUAAAACCUAUCGACCAUGUCAUGUUCCCAGUGGUUACCUUGAUUAGGUCCAAAAACAUCCAAAGAUUAUAAGCACACAUCUCAUGAUAAUCUUGGCGAGUGAAUGGUUCACCCUUUGGCGAUGGAAAAAGCAGCUCCAUUUCUGGAUCUCAAGAUUGUUGGACUGGAAGCAGCCCAGCGGCGGAAGUGGAACUGUCAGGCUCCUUAAAACUUUGCUAGUGGAGAAAAUCUGAAGAAACGAACUCAAGAGCAAAUUAUUUGGAAAGGGUGCUCAAUUCACAACUUGGUGAAAUUGCUUUGUGUUCAUCAGUCCAUUACCCUGCCAUAUGGAAAGCUUGGGCACGGUUGACUUGUAAUAUUUGCAUGAGCUCUUGUACAAGAAAAAUGCCAGACUGCUGAUAUGCAACAAGCUCCUGGAGUCAGAUGUGUUCAGGCUUGCUUAAUAUGUAAUCAGAGGGACAGAAAAACACCUGUUUUUUCAGCUUGGCUCUGCCAGAAGGAUCCACAUACUAAAGAACAGUGUUGUCUUCUCAUUUGUACAGCAAAAAGCUUAAACAAUAGUGCUGCAGGGGACGAGUGUUUGCAAAGACUGUUACAAGUAGCACAAUGAUGUCUGCAGUAUGUUUAACAUGUCCUGUAUCAUGAUAAAAAUGUAGACCAUUUCCCUUCUCGCAGUCUUGCUUGAGAGUA